CAACAUUUAAAAGUUGAAGGCUGUUUCUCGUGUCUUGUAUUUUCUAGCGGUGGUGCUCGGUGAAUUUGGUAAAGAAACUUUUCAUUUCAAGCUCUGCCAAAGAAUGGCUGACCAACUAACUGAAGAACAAAUUGCAGAAUUCAAAGAAGCUUUCAGUUUAUUUGACAAAGAUGGUGAUGGAACAAUCACAACCAAAGAAUUGGGCACUGUCAUGAGAUCUCUUGGACAAAACCCAACUGAGGCUGAGUUACAAGAUAUGAUAAAUGAAGUUGAUGCAGAUGGUAAUGGUACAAUUGAUUUUCCUGAAUUCCUCACAAUGAUGGCUCGUAAAAUGAAAGAAACAGAUAGCGAAGAUGAAAUCCGUGAAGCAUUCCGUGUGUUUGAUAAAGAUGGCAAUGGCUUUAUUAGUGCAGCUGAGUUACGCCAUGUGAUGACAAAUCUGGGUGAAAAAUUGACAGACGAAGAAGUUGAUGAGAUGAUUAGAGAGGCUGAUAUUGAUGGAGAUGGACAAGUUAAUUAUGAAGAGUUUGUGAAAAUGAUGACCAAAUAUUUUCUUAUGUAGGCUGAUCAACUGACUGAAGAACAAAUUGCUGAAUUCAAAGAAGCUUUCAGUUUAUUUGACAAAGAUGGUGAUGGAACAAUCACAACCAAAGAAUUGGGCACUGUCAUGAGAUCUCUUGGACAAAACCCAACUGAGGCUGAGUUACAAGAUAUGAUAAAUGAAGUUGAUGCAGAUGGAAAUGGAACAAUUGAUUUUCCUGAAUUCCUCACAAUGAUGGCACGCAAAAUGAAGGACACCGAUAGUGAAGAGGAAAUCCGUGAAGCAUUCCGUGUGUUUGAUAAAGAUGGCAAUGGCUUUAUUAGUGCAGCUGAGUUACGCCAUGUGAUGACAAAUCUGGGUGAAAAAUUGACAGACGAAGAAGUUGAUGAAAUGAUUAGAGAAGCUGAUAUUGAUGGAGAUGGACAAGUUAAUUAUGAAGAAUUUGUGAAAAUGAUGACUUCCAAGUAGAUAUUGCAGUUUUACAUCAACAUUUCCAGUGGUUACAUGGUCAGGAAUGAUUUCUGAUGACUGCAUUAACUUCUGCCUCCCAUAUUACGAAGUUUUAAUUUCACUUUUCAUUUAAUGGUAUUUUUAUUUAAUGUAAGCACUAGGUUAGAUAUAAUGAAACUAUUGAAUCCCCUUUUUUGUUUAAUAUUUAUACGUAAAAUAGAUAUUGUUGCAUGAUGGUACACUAAAUGUAAAUUAUACUUAAUUUCUUGUUAAAAUAAUUUCUUGUUAGCUUUCAGUCGCGAUGUAAUUAAUUGUCAAUUUUUGGAUUGUUCACCUUCUUCAA